AUGAAGCGAAGCAACAACUACAGCUCGUCCGAGAGCGACCUCGACGACAACAUCGAAGUGGAGAAAGACAGCGGCGACGAAAAUGGGUUCGUACCCUACUCAUUCAUUCCUGCUGAUUCUCACGGCUCAAUGUCACCGUCCACUACCACCACUCAAGUUCAAGCCAGAAAACGACGCAGAGGAAUUAUUGAGAAAAGAAGACGUGACCGCAUCAAUAAUAGUCUGUCUGAGCUGAGGAGACUGGUGCCGAGUGCUUUUGAGAAACAGGGAUCAGCCAAAUUGGAAAAAGCAGAAAUACUGCAAAUGACUGUGGACCAUUUGAAGAUGCUGCAUGCAUCUGGAGGCAAAGGUUACUUUGAAGCGCAUGCCCUGGCGAAGGAUUACCGCAGCCUGGGCUUCAGGGAGUGUUUGGCGGAGACUGCUCGCUUCUUGAGCAUCGCAGAGGGCCGGGACGGUGGAGACCCCCUCCGAGUGCGUCUAGUGUCCCACCUGAGCAACUACGCAUCUCAGCGGGAGGCGCAGGCCGGACUGGAACACUUAGCCUGGGGGUCAGCCUAUGGUGGCGCCCCGCCACCCCUCCCACGCCCCCUCCUCCUUCAGCCGCCGCAGGGCAGGACGCCAGCAUCCAGAGGAAACGGCCGCCCACCCUCCGCACCGUCCCCUGAGACCUCGGCGACGUCCAGACUGCUUCCACCGACAGAGUCUCUCAGAGCGCCCCCUGGCGGCUCGUUGCCUGUCGCUGUGCCAACGUCCAAGCUUUCGCCGCCCCUCCUAUCAUCCCUCUCCUCGUUAUCGGCCUUCCCCCUUUCUUUCGGCGCUUUCCCGCUCGUCUCCCCGGCAGCCCUGGGUGCGCUCACCCCCCCCUCUGCCCUGUCCAAGCCGUACAGGCCGUGGGGCACAGAGAUCGGGGCCUUUUGA